GGCCUAGCAGACCAACCGGCGUUCUUCGACCUAUGCUGUUGUUUCCGGCAUUCUGUAAACCUAUUAUAUAGUAUUAUUUCGUACAGAAAACCAGGGUGGGGAGAGAGAGAGAGAGAGAUCGAGUGAGAGUGAGAGUGAGAGAGUGAGAGAUGUUCUCCGUAUCCAUAUCCUCUCUGCCCUCUCGCCUCCUGCCAUGUCCUUGGUUUUCCUCUUUUUCCUCUUCUUCAUCAUCGUUAACUAAUAGUCGUCUGUCAACAUUAUCUUCUCGUAACUCUGGUUCCCGAGUCCCCAGCUCAGCUGUCCUUCUCUUCUCUCCACUGCCUUUUUGUUUUGGUUCUCGGAACCGCAACUUACUUACUUGCAGAGCUGCCGAAUAUGUAUUUCCAGACCCAAUUCCAGAAUUUGCUGAAGCAGAAACCGAAAGGUUUAGGACCCAUCUUCUCAAGACGCUCUCAGAGUCGGAUAUGUAUGGGGAGUCAUGCGAAGAGAUUGUCGCCAUAUGCACUGAGAUCUUCAAUACCUUCUUGCAUUCAGAGUAUGGGGGACCAGGAACCCUUCUUGUUAUUCCUUUCAUAGAUAUGGCUGAUACCUUGAGGGAAAGGGGGCUACCUGGUGCUGGUGAGGCUGCAGAGGAGGCUGUUGAGUGGGCUCGGGAGCAUGUUGACAAGGAUUGGGAACAAUGGACUGGAAGUGAUUGAAGAGAAAUUUUGACCAACCUCAAUAGUUUUGGCACCAUAAUUUGGCUGCAAUUUCUGUGGGAAGAUGCUUCAUACUGUAACCGUUAAACUGUUGGUACGAGAGGCAAUGUAUACGUGACAACAAUGUGUAUGUACUGGUUCUAGUUUCUCUACCAUAGCUGUCGAUUUGGCUAUCGGAUUCUCUUCCUGCAUAAAGCACAACAUUCUUGUUUACCACUAUUCCUAUGCUUAGCCCAAAAAUGGUCUGAAUAAACAGGCAUGUAGAUGCAUUAUAUUGUGGAAAGGGCUAUAAUGAUGCAAAAAAGUGCAUACUUCA